AUGGUUCAAAUCACUUCUGUCCUCGUCGCCACCGCUGCCUUCCUCGGUGCCGGUGUCUCCGCCCAGCACCCGAGCCCUAUGCCUGACACCUGCACGGUCGGCGUAAUCUACUGCGGCCAUGAGCUCUUGAACAACAACGCCAACUUUGAGACAGUUUGGAAGCCGAGAAUCAACGCUGCUCUCGCCGCCGAGGGCCUGGGCCCUAUCCCCAAUAUUGGCAGCCGCGGUUAUGACGCGACCUACAACUGCACCAGCCCUAUCACUCUGGACUAUCUCUCCUGGUGCGGCGCUCCGGGCCGUUGCCAGCCUCCCAACAACCAGUUCUGCAAUGGCAAGGACUCUUGCUGCCAUGCUUGA